GUGGCCUGAGGGGGAGUAGGGGACCAAAAUCAAGUUACCGCUUUCCGUGUUCAUUUUGUUUCCUCUUUGAAAUCGAUGUCUUCAGACUGCUUCAAUCCCAUCACGUCAGAAUUAUCUUUGUAAUUCCGUUGGAUCUGCAAGUUUUUCCCAUACUAGUCUUUGAAAUUUGUUUCUGGUUUCUUAAUUUUCACAGAUCUUUUGUCUUGUUUGUAAUCGGUUUCGUGGAUCAAGCGGAAAAAAUUCCUGUGGAAAUGGUUCUAGUGCUUUUGUUCAACUCCGUAUUGCAUUUGGUGAGAACUUUGAACGUUUCAAAAUCAAGUUACCAACAUCAUUCAUUGCGGGGUUGGGAAUGUUUUUGUCUUGAUUCCAACAAGUGUCUACAGUCUUUAUGUACCAAGGAGCCAUAAAUAUGUUUACGGCCUCCUCGGCCUUUUUAUUGGCCAACUAUGUCCAUCUGUCCUUAAAAUAGAAGAUAACGAACAUUUUCUUGUUUGAAGGAUAGUUUUAAUAUUUUCAAAAAGCUUUAGGUACACAUGUCGAUCACAUAUAUUGACGACCAAUUGAAGAACGAUGGUUCAGCUCACUGUCAAAAUCUUUAGACCCAAAGUACAAUUGGAAUAGGCUUCUUUUUCGUACUAACUUGACACUACCCCAAAUACUAAAGUAGAACUUUCCCGUUUCUCAUUACCAAAUAACACUCUCUCUCGCAAUCCACCGCAGUUCUCUCCCGAAUCUUCCCCAUCACCACCAGUAGCGGCGGAGGAACAAUACAUGGAGGCCCUUCACUCACCAGCACUUCGAAUCUCUCCACUGGAGCCUCUCCGCAAACAGUCCCCUCAACUCACCAAUGUCAAGCCCAUCACUACCAAGAAGAACGCAUCCACUCCGAUCUGCGCUGCAGUGUCAACAACAACUUCAGCUCCCAAGCGAGAGACGGACCCCAAGAAGAGAGUCGUCAUCACUGGGAUGGGCCUCGUUUCCGUCUUCGGUAACGACGUUGAUACCUAUUAUGACCGUCUCCUCGCUGGAGAAAGCGGCAUUGCUCCUAUCGAUCGGUUCGAUGCGUCCAAAUUCCCCACCAGGUUCGCCGGUCAAAUACGGGGAUUUACUUCCCAGGGUUACAUUGAUGGCAAGAAUGACCGUCGCCUCGACGAUUGCCUCCGUUACUGCCUGGUCUCUGGAAAGAUGGCCCUCGAAAAUGCUGGUCUACGCGGUGAUAAUCUCUCCAAGAUCGACAAGGAACGAGCAGGUGUGCUUGUUGGGACGGGCAUGGGUGGUCUUACAGUGUUUUCUAAUGGUGUUCAAGCUCUAAUAGAGAAAGGUCACAGAAAAAUCACUCCCUUUUUUAUUCCUUAUGCUAUAACAAACAUGGGAUCUGCGUUACUUGCAAUUGAACUUGGUUUCAUGGGGCCAAACUAUUCGAUAUCAACUGCUUGUGCUACCUCCAAUUAUUGCUUCUAUGCUGCUGCCAACCACAUCCGGCGAGGUGAAGCUGAUUUAAUGAUUGCUGGUGGAACUGAAGCUGCAAUUAUUCCGAUUGGAUUAGGUGGUUUUGUUGCAUGUAGAGCUUUAUCACAGAGAAAUGAUGAUCCACAAACUGCUUCAAGGCCUUGGGACAAGGAUCGAGAUGGCUUUGUUAUGGGAGAAGGUGCUGGAGUAUUGGUAAUGGAGAGUUUGGAACAUGCAAUGAAACGUGGUGCACCAAUUAUUGCUGAAUAUUUGGGAGGUGCAGUUAACUGUGAUGCUUAUCAUAUGACUGAUCCAAGGGCUGAUGGACUUGGUGUUUCAUCAUGCAUUGAGAGUAGCCUUGAAGAUGCCGGUGUGUCACCAGAGGAGGUUAACUACAUAAAUGCACAUGCAACUUCCACAAUCGCUGGUGACCUUGCUGAGGUGAAUGCCAUAAAAAAGGUAUUCAAGAACACAAAGGAGAUCAAAAUGAAUGCAACCAAGUCUAUGAUAGGGCACUGCCUUGGUGCAGCAGGAGGCCUAGAAGCCAUUGCUACAGUAAAAGCCAUUACUACAGGGUGGCUGCAUCCUACUAUAAACCAGUUUAAUCCAGAGCCUUCAGUUGAGUUUGAUACUGUUGCAAAUAAAAAGCAACAGCAUGAAGUGAACGUUGCCAUUUCAAAUUCUUUUGGGUUUGGAGGACAUAACUCAGUUGUGGUAUUCUCAGCAUUCAAGCCCUGAUCAAUCGUCUGUGAUUUUGGAAGAACAGCAAUCUUGCUCAUCCAAGAUUCCCCAGAUUUUCUUUUAUAGAGGCUUCUUUGUCAUUAUUCUUUCUAGCACGCUGCUUUUUCAAAGAAAAAGCAAUUUUUCCAUGGAAUCAAAAGCAGUUCUGCCGGUUUUUCUGUUAGCCAUUGAACUAAUUUAAAGGGCUAGGUAGUGUAGUUUCUGAGAUUUCAUUCAGGUUUGUAGAAUGUAAUUGUUGAAGCUUAUGCCAAAUAGUCUUGCUUAGAAGCUCUUAUUUUUAGA